AUGGCACCGGUAUCGGCAUUGGCCAAGUACAAACUGGUGUUCUUGGGGGAUCAAUCUGUGGGAAAAACCAGUAUCAUCACUCGCUUCAUGUACGACAAAUUCGACAAUAGCUAUCAGGCUACUAUUGGUAUUGAUUUUCUAUCAAAGACAAUGUACCUUGAAGAUCGAACUAUUAGGUUGCAACUCUGGGACACUGCAGGACAGGAAAGAUUCAGGAGUCUCAUCCCAAGUUAUAUUAGGGAUUCCUCUGUGGCAGUCAUUGUUUUUGAUGUUGCGAGCAGGCAAUCAUUCUUGAAUACUUCAAAGUGGAUUGAAGAAGUUCGCAGUGAGCGGGGCAGCGAUGUUAUUAUUGUACUUGUUGGGAAUAAAACAGAUCUUGUGGACAAAAGGCAAGUUUCAAUAGAGGAAGGAGAAGCUAAAGCUCGCGACCUCAACGUCAUGUUUAUUGAAACUAGUGCAAAGGCUGGGUUCAAUAUAAAGGCACUGUUCCGGAAGAUUGCAGCGGCUUUACCAGGAAUGGAAACACUUUCUUCAACUAAGCAAGAAGAUAUGGUUGAUGUGAAUCUGAAGUCUUCCAAUGCAAAUGCAUCACAGUCCCAACAACAGUCAGGAGGAUGCGCCUGCUAA